ACUGUAUAAUGAAGUAUAAAUGCUUCUGGUGAUAUAUAUGUGUUACUAGUUGUUUGUGAGCGAAGUGAAAAGCAAGGUGAACCUGACAAUAUAGAUAUGUAUUGGUUGAUAAGCGCCUAGCAAAAGAGGUGGCGGUGUGUGUGUGUGUGUGUUAGUAGUCUGGGUGAAGUAAGUUAUUGUAACAAGGAGCAGAGUCUGCUACUGUUGUGUGAUAUGUAAAGGUUGUCUUGGAAAGUUAGGCUAAAAAAAAAACAGUUUUAAUCCAAACUAGGAGCGGCAUUUGGUUAGCUAUGUCAGGAACGCGAGCUUAAUGUUUAAAAUUCAUAAGAACAUAACCGUUGAUAUAGUGAAAGCACACAUAGAAUAAAGUAAAUGUAUAAGGAUAUAUGUUUGUAUGUAAGUGUUUCUUUAACUCUGUUCAAGCCUAUAAGGAAUAAAACCGGAGUAUUUCGCAACGAAAAGCAUAGUACCAUGCAAAGCGAAAACUCAAUUGACUUGAAAGGUGGUAAUAUGGCGAAGGGAUUGAAAUAAAAUGCCAUGUAGACGUGUGAGAAGCGAUUGAGAGAUGCAUAGCACUGCACCAGAUGCGAAUGAGAUUUGUGCAAUGUGACGCCGUUUGAAAGUGAGAUUUGAGGAAAGCAAAGAUAACGCGAGGUUUCAUACAAAUGUAUGUUGAGAUGUGAAAUGAAAAAAUGACAUUAAUAUCAUGCAAGGUACUCGUGGUGACACAUGUUUCCCACGAAAGCAAAGCUGAAUGCAAGAGCGAGAACUGCAGACUACAAACAGUAGUGACUUUUAUGUAUUUUGCAUACCUGUCAAUUAGUAUGCCAAUGUGUGGGCAAAGAAAAAAAGAUCUAAUACCAAAAAAACAACAACAAAAAAACAAAACAAAAAGAAAACCCACACAAGAAAUAAAGGAAUGCCGCUUUCUGCAUUUGUUAAACAGGUAGAGAAAUAUUGAAAACAGUGAAAAGUUGCAAUGUUUAAUAAGAAUUCGAAACGAAAAAGAUUGUUUCAACGCCAAGGAAAAUUAACGAAAUGAGAAAACAAAAAAACAAAAACAAAAAAAAGACAUUUUUCUUUGACGCGAUGGAGACAAGGUCGACGAUAUUCAGCUCUGAAAAGAAAGCCGAUUCUCCAUCUUUCAGCGUCCGUUCUUUUAAGAAUUGGUGAAAACAGUUAUGUGAGAUGAUACUUUUAUCGAUGACGAUACGAUGAUGUUCGAGUUUUUAAGUGAUGCAUGCUUGAUAAAGUAUCACUACAGAACAUUUUCGGUUAUGGUGUGCUGUAAAUAAAAUCACUCUUAGAAUAUGAUGGAACUGAGCACCAAUGUUUAUUGUAGCUCUGGCAAUGAUGAAUAAUAGAGGGAAAGCAAAGUGUCAACUGUGGAAUAUUUCUCGGAUAUCUAAAUGUAGCGUAAAAUCUGUCGCAAGACGUCUUAACAAAAUAGUUGUUCUUGCGUCGUCGGUCAACAUUUUUCAAAAGCAAGAUUAAUGUAUGUUGUACUGGUUAAAGAUGUUUUUGAAUACAUUUUCUGUCUGUUAAUAUUUCAUCUAGAACUUAAUGGCACCGGAAUAAACGUUCAAUGAAUCACAACAAUAGAGAAUGAGAACAGAAUUGGGGAUUUCAAGGCAAAAUUAAGGCAAACUCUCUUUUUAACAUGGAUGAAACUCAAGAAUCUGAAGUAAAAACAAUAAAAGAAGAAAUUACACCUUUUUCACAGCGGGAUAUCACACAACUAAUAGAAAAAUGUGGCUUUGGACCUUUCCAAUGCUGGUUCUACACUUUUUUGUUUGCGACAAGGCUUUUUACAGUGAUGAGUGCAAUGAGUUUAGCAUUUAUUACUGCAAAUGUUCCUUUCGUGUGCUAUCCUCCAAAUUAUGAUACUUCAGCAAUUCCUGCAGCUUUUACAGAGAAUGAAUAUCUACAACUGUUUCAACCUGAAGACGAUCACUGUUCUCUGUAUAACAACACUUUAACUGAAAUAUUUCGUUCAACGUCAACUGUCAAUUUAUCGAAAAUACCAUGUUCUUAUGGACGGAAAUUUCUAACAGAGAAUUUUUCUACAGUUGUAAGCGAGUUUGAUUUAGUGUGUGGGAAAAAAUGGUUAAAAUCCACAUUGCAGUCCGUUUAUUUUGUCGGUUAUCUUAUUGGAUCAAUCAUAUUUGGUGUUUUAUCUGAUAGAUUUGGUCGGAAACUUACUUUUUUUAUGUCGAACACAUUCUUUGCUGUUUGUGGAAUCAGCAAAAUCUUCAUGCCAUCAUCCAUCGCGUUUAUGAUUUUCCAUUGUAUGCAAGCUUCUGGUUUUAUGGGUAUUUCAAUCAGUACUUAUGCACUCAACUUAGAAUUUGCCCCUUCAAGGUACCGUACACCUCUUAGUUUUGUGCAUAUGUCCAUGUAUACAUUCACUUCGAUGCUUUUACCAGCGUUCGCCUAUGCCAUACCUAACUGGCAUUAUUUAGAAUUGACGGUGUGUCUUCUACCCCUGGCUAAUUGUUUCCUUUGGAAUUGUCUUCUCGAAUCUCCAAGGUGGCUUAUCGGCAGGAAACGCUUUCGAGAAACAAAAGAACUUCUUGAGAAAAUGAUGAUGAAAAAUAAUCUCGAUCAUCAGGAGGUGUUCAAUGUUUUUUGGGAGGAUAUAACGAAAGAAAGAAAACCGGUCAAAAGAAGAUGGUCCUCGGAAAAGACUUAUAGUUUUAUCGAUCUAUUUAAGACGGUCCAAAUGGCUACGAUCACGAUUAAUAUUUGCUUUAGUUGGUGCGUGAUCAGUAUGCUUUACUACGGAGUAACCCUUAAUUCUGUUGAUAUGGCUGGAAAUCGUUAUGUAAACUUUUUAUUAAUGAUACUCGUGGAGUUUCCCAGCCAUAUAUCUGCUUACUAUUUAUUUAGAUUUUUUGAUCAUCGAAAGCCUAUUAGUUUCUUUAUGACGUUUAGUGGAUUGAACUGCAUCGUCUCAAAUUUUGUAGCCGAAGGAUCAUUUUGGUUUCCUCUGGCAAUGGUUAUUCUUGGAAAGUUUGGAAUCUCCGCAGCUUUUGCUUCAAUUUAUCUCUUAUCUGCAGAAAUAUUUCCGACUGUUGUUCGAGGAAAUGGGUUAGGUGUUGCUUCAAUGUUUGCCCGCUUCGGUAGCAUUUUUGCACCUUUUAUCCUUCAAUUGUCAUCUUACGUGAGAUGGCUUCCUCUAAGUGUCUAUGGCCUUUUGUCAGUGGUAGCUGGAUUAUUGCUGUUAUGUCUACCAGAAACAAAGCACAGAGAUCUACCUCAAACAUUUGAUGAUUUGAAAGCGUGGAAAAAAUGAAAUAGUGAUGAAAACGAAGAGGAGUUACGAUAAAAUAGAAAGGAAAAACAAACAAACAAAAAUAAACUGUAUAUGCUUGAAUUUAUUAGGGAAUUCUAGUUUCAUAAUUUUCUAUGUUGAUUCUUUAAAAUAAAUCAUUUUGAAAACAAAA